GAUAGACUGGCCUACACCCACAACUGUGACAGAGGUCCGGAGCUUUCUAGGCUUGGCAGGCUAUUAUCGCAGAUUCGUGAAGGAUUUCUCAAAGAUUGCAAAACCUUUGACUAACCUCACGAAGAAGACCACGAAAUUCAUAUGGGAUGAGGAAUGCAAGAAGGCUUUCCAGGAGCUUAAGCAAAGAUUAACAACCGCACCUAUCUUAACCCUACCAUCGGGUACUGAGGGGUUCGAGGUUUACACCGAUGCUUGUUUGAAAGGGUUGGGUUGCGUAUUGAUGCAAAAUGGCAAAGUGGUGGCCUAUGCAUCAAGACAACUGAAGACCCACGAGGUAAACUACCCGACUCAUGACUUGGAACUGGCAGCGGUUAUCUUCGCCUUAAAACUAUGGAGGCACUAUCUAUAUGGGAUACAAUGUAAAAUUUACACCGAUCACAAGAGCCUAAAGUACAUCUUCACCCAAAAGGAGCUUAACAUGAGACAAAGACGUUGGCUAGAACUCGUCAAGGACUACGACUUGGAGAUUCAAUACCAUGAAGGGAAAGCAAACGUAGUUGCCGAUGCGCUAAGCCGAAAGUCAACACACUCCUGCAGAGCAACAUGGAUACUACCUGAUGAGCUAUAUCGGGACUUUCAAAAACUAGACUUGGAGGUACGGGAUUUCGGAGAAGUAGAUCGGGAAACGCGGUUACUCGCCAUGACCGUUACCCCAUCUCUUUUCGACGAAAUUAGAGCAGGGCAGCCUGGAGAUAUAAAGUUGGACAGAAUCCGAGCUGGUAUGACGAAUGGCUUAAACGGACCAUUCAAACUACACGAAGAUGGUAGCAUUCGACACAAAGGAAGGUGGUGUGUCCCGAUGAAAUGUGAAGAGAUUAAGAAGAAAAUCAUGGAGGAGGGGCACAACACGCCUUACUCGGUACACCCUGGAGGCGACAAACUCUAUAAAGACCUCAAAAACAAUUUUUGGUGGCC